GGAGCUCUUGCUAAUAGGGCUGGCUGAUUGUCCGCCUCUCGCCUUCAACAUUCUUUCUCCCCCUCCCCCACCAUUCAAAUUUCGAUGAUUCUUUCCACACCACACUAUGCUGCUCUCAUUUGUCUAAAUCUCAAUCAGCAUCUGUACUCCACCCCACAACAAACCAAGUCCGAUACCUCUUCAUGGCCUCUGCCCCAGGUUAUCCAGCGUCUGGCAGGGCUCGGUUAUCCGACGCGGGUAUGACAUCAACCCACCAGGCCGAAAGGACGAAUGAGCCCACAAACACCACGAACAUUACCGGCGAACCUGACGGAGAGGGCGAAACCAUCGAGGAAACGGUACUCCUGAAUCGGCAAACGACCUCCGACGAGACCGCCACGCGCGACCUUCCCGCAUCGGACAAAUCCAGCUUGGUUGACCCAUCCCUGUCCAACAAUGACGACGAACCGCGCAAAUGCUGGAUCUGCUACGCCGACGAAACCGAAGAUACCCCGCUCAACUCCGAAUGGCGAUCGCCGUGCCCCUGCGCCCUAACCGCGCACGAAGCCUGCCUCCUCGACUGGCUGGCCGACCUGGAGAACCCGCGGUCGCGCAAACGGAACGGCACCAACGCGAAGAUGGUCUGUCCGCAGUGCAAGACGGAGAUCGUCGUCUCCCGGCCGCGGAGCUACAUUGUGGAUCUCGUGCGGCUGUUCGAGCGGGUGGCUGGACGGCUCGUGCUCCCGGGCAUGGUCUUCACGCUGGCCGGCACGGUGUGGGCGGGCUGCUGCGUGCAUGGCGUCUACUCGAUGUAUUUUGUUUUCGGCACCGAUGAGGCCCGGCAUAUCCUGGAGGAGUCGAUCGACGGGCCCUGGAACUCCGGGCUGAAUUUGGGGCUCCCGCUCAUCCCUAUGUGCUUGAUUCUGACCCGCACGCGGUAUUCGGAGGGCUUGCUGGCCGCUAUCCCGUUCCUCUUGCUGGUGACGCAUCAGCCCGUUGUCGAGCCUGCUGCUGCGGAGCUUUGGCCCCCGACCCCGGCGGCGACAUUCGCGGCUCUGCCGUACGUGAAGCGGCUGUAUACGCUACUGUACGAUAAGAUGUUUGGGAAGCUGGAGAAGAAGUGGAUCCUAGAAGUGCAGCCGCGCCAGUCCGAUAUCAAUGAGUUCGAUGACAACGCACCGCCAAAUCAUCCAGAACCCAUCCCCGACGAGGCUGAGCAGAAUGAUGAUGAUGGGCGGGUGCUGAUGGAGAUCGACUUUGAAUUGCAGGUGGGAUUGAGAGGGGACGAUGAGGGAGCUGAAGGAGUGUUUGAGUUCAACGGUGGGCAAGGUGGGGAAGGACAGCAGCAACAAGGCGGACAGAAUGAUGGCGGUGGUGCCGGCGGAGGACAGGCGUUCGGUCUGGGUCGGAGGGACGACCUGGUCCAUGAGACGACGAAUCUCGCCGAUCUGAUUCUGGGGGCUCUUGCAUUCCCGGUUAUCUCUGCGUCGAUGGGGGGACUGCUCAAACAUGUGCUGCCAAGCUCAUGGACAACGGCGUCAACGGCGGGUCGACCAGGCUUGUUACAGACGCGCUGGGGUCGCAGCGUCGUUGGUGGCUGUGUCUUCGUGCUAUUGAAGGAUGCCUUGGUGCUAUACUGUCGGUGGAAGUUAGCGCAGACCCAUCGUCGCCGUAAGGUGCUCAACUAUGACCGAUCAAAGAAGCAUAUUCGGGCGAGCAGUAGGGCAAAUAACGGUUCUUAGGUGUUAGCAUGACUGACUUGGGACUUGCAUUCAUGAGGCGUUUUGUUCUGGCGGAUGGGAUGAUGUUCAUGAUACACUUUUUCAUUUUGCAAAUCUCCAA